AUGCCGAGCCCUAUGUUUACGUUGGCAGAAGGCCAGCCGAUUGCAGAUCCAUCUGUCAGUACCACGCUGCCCACUUUCGGCAGCGGUGGCAUCACGACCUUGGGCGACACGCUCCUCCUUGAGACGCUUGCGCAUUUUAACCGUGAGCGUAUCCCUGAACGGUCAGGAGCCAUUUCAACCCGCGAUGCCAACGUCGAGCUGACAUUGACUAGGGUAGUUCAUGCGAAGGCUGCCGGGGCUUGGGGUGACUUCGAGGUCACCAAUGAUAUAUCCUCCCUCACGUCGGCCAAAUUCCUCAAUGGCGUGGGCAAGAAAACGCCGGUACUCUUUCGUCUAAGCACGACUGGCGGCGAAAAGGGCAGCGCAGACACCGUGCGAGAUGUGCGAGGCUUCUCCGUUAAGUUCUUCACGGAGCAGGGCAACCACGACAUUGUCGGGAAUCAUAUUCCGGUGUUCUUUGUCCGUGACCCGGUUAGAUUCCCUUCCCUCAACCGCAGUCACAAACGACAUCCCGCAACUAACCGGCCGGAUUGGACAAUGUUCUGGGACUUCCACGUCAACCAGCCGGAGAGUGUCCACGCGUUGAUGCACCUAUUUGGCUCGCGCGGUAUCCCCGGGUCCAUCCGUCGAGUGACGGGUUUCGGUGUGCAUACCUUCAAGCUGGUGGCGGCUAAUGGCAGUUUCCGCUACUGCAAGUUCCACUUCCGGCCGACGCAGAGCUUCACCCACUUCUCUGGAAAACAAGCCACCCUCAUGGCGGGAGCAAAUGCCGACUUCCACAACCAGGAUCUGUGGGAUGCCAUCUCUCGGGGCCAAUUCCCGGUAUGGAAGCUUUACGUGCAGGUCAUGGAGCCUGAGCAGGCGGAGACCUACGGCCGCGCUCUGUUUGAUAUCACCAAAGUCUGGCCUCACGCGGAGUUCCCCUUGAUUGAAGUCGGCCAAAUGACUCUCAAUAAGAAUCCCGAGAACUACUUUGCUGAGAUCGAACAAGCCGCCUUCUCGCCGUCCAACAUGGUCCCCGGCAUCGCAAUGACGCCCGAUCCUAUGCUGCAGGCCCGCAUGUUCGCCUAUCCUGACGCGCAGCGAUACCGCCUCGGGGUGAACUAUACCCAGCUCCCUUCGAACCGGGCAAUCUGUCCCAUCUAUGCGCCCUUUGAGCGUGAUGGAAUGGGCACUAUAACCCAGAACUAUGGCGGUGACCCAAACUACGUGCGCAGUACCUUGAGCCCCGGCGUGCCCAGCCAGGUAAUUUCCAAUGUGCGACACACCGAGCGUAUCGCACACAAUGCGACCCUCGGCCAGAAUGAGAUUCGGGUUGAUGAUGAGGACUACGUUCAGCCGCGUGAACUGUGGACCCGAGUCUUUGACGAGACUGAGAGGAGGGAGUGGGUGGCGAAUGUAUCGGAAACUUUGGAGAACGUGCCGGCGCCGCUGAAGGAAGCUGUCAUCGAGAUGUUCGGCAAAGUCGAUCCCCAGAUUGGUCAAAUGAUGAGUGCGAAGACUCAGAGCAGCUCGCGCCUUUAG